AUGGUGGUAAUUACAACAAAAAUCAAAAAAGGUUUCAACUCGACCAGUGAAAGGUUUGGUAGAUUAACUGUGCAUCCGAAUUUAGACCCUAGCGGCCUUUACGCAACACGACCCGCUGGAUGUGAUCCUUGCCUCUACCAUCCAAAUCCCAUUCAGUCAUUAUGCGAAGCUAUUCACAAAAAGAAUAUAGAUAAAGAUCCAUGGAGAUAUAAGAACGAAUUAGAGGAAUGGGCGAAAAACUUAGGGUACAGAAACCAGAAAGUCCUAGAACAGCGACAAUGGAACCGAUCAAUAUUAGGGCCUGCCUGGCACGAAGUUCGUGAACUCCCCAAAUAUGAACCAGCCUGUAUGAACGUUGGGUUUGGAAGGACGCCCCGGACUAAACCAUUGAAACAAACCGUUCCCGAUCCCGGUGCGUAUUACAGAGCAGUGCCAUUUAAAGCCCCUUAUGGCCCGCACUCUAGCCGACCAUCAUUCGAAAGAGAAGAGGCUUGCAGGUUCAAAGACACUUCACCUAAAUGGUCUCUUGCCCCGAACCGCUACACGAUCAUCGAUAAAGAUUCUAUCGAGCAUAAGUCAAAAAAAGUGGUUUCAAUUAGAGGUCCUUAUGACUUAUUUACCGGUAAACGAGACGAAAGUACGAUUAAAAAUCAUUUUAACACUUCUCUUAAAUGUUCAGCAGCAACUUGGCCAAUCGCCCUAAAAGGCAGUUUAGAGAAAUAUAAAUCGUCACAUUUUGGCACGUUAAAUAAGACCAACAGGGAUAAGCUCCACAGAGGCCGAAACACUCUGGUCGACUUGGCGAUGUGCCCGCGUCGCGUACAGGACCCUGGACCCACGCACUAUACCACCACACCGCCUACUACUUUCAAGCAAAAUAUACACGGUUUUAAUAGUUCUUACGAUAAGCCCCCAGGCUACAAAAAAGUGAUUGUAUGGCCAGGGGUAGGUCGAUACAGAUUAUCCACUCAACGAUCUAUUGUUGGGCAUGGACAUAGGCAUGUGUUCCAGAGCAAAAUAGGAAGGACAAUAGGUGCCGUCAUACAACCGCCCAUGAACUCGUUCUAG